AUGUCUUCUUCUCGAAGCUACGCAGGGCGUACUGAAAAUAGUUCGUUGUUUACUGUUUGCACCACUAUUCUCACAAACACUCUCAUGGCUAAUAUCCACAUUAUGAGCAUUACAGAAAUCAAGCACCUGGUCGAGUUGCUUUGCGAUAGGAUGUACUGGUACAUGCAACGAGAUAAGCAAGAUAAGAAUUUGAAGAAGAUGCAAGCCGACCUCGACCGCUGUCGUCCGGGAUACUCUGAAAGCUCGAAUUACGCCGAGGUUCUCAAGCUUCAGAUCGACCAAUGCGUAAAAGAGAAAAGGAAGACCUGCGAUCGACUCAGCGGCACUGAUGGGAAACUGCUAAGUCACUUGACUACAUUUAUAGACAGACAGACUGGAGACGCCCUAUCCACGCAAGCCAUAGGAAGCGAGGACGUCGAUGCUCGUCUUAAGGCUCUCCAAAACAGUCUGGACGAGAAGUUCCGCACCUACCUGAAAGAGGCGUCGACCAAAACCAACAACGAUCACCGCUCACAGCUCCGCAAAGAAACAGAAGGACUCCACAUUGGCCUUGAGCAGGAAAAACAGAAAAGCGCCAAGCUUCAGAAGCAUAUGGAGGAGAUGGAGCAAAGACUUGGAAGUCUUGAUAAGAGGCACCUGGACCUUGCAGAAGAAGCUAAAAACAACAAAAGGGCGGCGUUGCAUUUGGAUGGCAAGUUGACCGAAUUUGAAAGCAAGCUCAACGAACUCUCGACCAAGAUUGACGAUCUCGCGACAAACAUAGUAACUUCGCAUGCACUGUCCAAGGAAUUGAGUCAGUUUGAUACUGUUGUCUCGGCGUCCGAAGAUGGCAAUGCAGCACCUUUGGGUGAUCGGUGGUUGAACACUAGCGUAGGCAUGAAAACCAGACAACGUCUGCAAGCCGUUCUGGAUGAUGUGCGUUUUCUAAAGCAAAGCCUGAAAUGCGAGUCAGUUGACGGGGCACCGCAACCCAUUGCCAGUCUUCAUAAGCGGCUGGAAUCGUGCAUGGACAUGGUCAAGCUCAACUCGAAGGAGCAACUAUCAAUAUCAGAGGCAGUCCAAGCCAUUGAAGCUACUCUGAAAUUGACGUCUUUCACAACGUCAAACGACACGGGGCAAAACUCUACAUUAAUUGAGCAAAUGAUUGACCAAAAGGUUCAACCCCUAUUUACUUCUCUUAAAGAGAACUUGAACCACACGAUGCAAGGGAAGCUAAACCAAGUGGCAGUUGACCUUGGGACUUUCAUUGACAAGGAAAGAAUUGCAAGAGAAGGCGCAACUACUAAAGCUGACCAGUCCUCUGCUGACGUGUCUGCUUUACGUCGAGAUAUCAACGUCCUAAAGAAGAGUGUUUCCACGUCUGCGGAGAAGCUGUGCCAGAAAAUCAGCGAGCAGGGCAAACAAGUCGCUUCAUGCAAUGAGCGCGUUGCGUCCCUCGAAAGUGGCCUGCAACGUGUUUCAGCAGAAGCCGAAACGAAUAUCCGCAAAUUAGAGUUGCAAUUGCAAACUGUCAAUACCAGGCGAAGCAACGUCAGUACCAAGGGACCAAAUCAAGACAUGACUAAACACAUUACCAAUACCACCAUAUCACCAAGUUCGUUACAAAAUAUAUCAUCGCUUACGUCUCGCUUGGAGGCGGUUGAACAACAGCUGAAUAGUCAUCAUGUCGAAGGACCCCCAAGAAAGCGCAAAACGGCACAUAAAUAA